AUGGCGCUCGACGAGUACUACCACAACAAGAUCGAGGCGAUGAAGCUCGAGAUUCUUAAGGGUCAAGCUGCGCUUCGUCGUCUUGAAGCUCAGAGAAACGACUACAACUCCCGAGUACGAUUGUUGAGAGAAGAGCUGGGUCUGUUGCAACAGCCUGGAUCCUAUGUUGGCGAGGUCGUCAAGGUCAUGAGCACCAAGAAGAUUCUCGUCAAGGUACACCCAGAAGGCAAAUAUGUUGUCGAUGUGUCGGAUAGCGUCGAUGUCGCCAAACUCACACCCGGAAAGCGAGUUACUCUACUGUCGGAUAGCUACAAACUUGAAAAGAUGCUACCUUCAUCCGUCGAUCCCCUCGUCUCUCUCAUGAUGGUAGAGAAGGUUCCCGACAGCACAUACGACAUGAUUGGUGGUCUCGACCAGCAAAUCAAGGAAAUCAAGGAAGUUAUCGAACUGGGUCUCAAGCACCCUGAGCUCUUUGAGUCUCUUGGUAUCGCACAGCCCAAGGGUGUUUUGCUAUACGGUCCUCCCGGUACAGGAAAGACACUACUUGCAAGAGCUGUUGCCCACCAUACUGCCUGUAAAUUUAUCCGAGUGUCGGGUUCUGAGCUGGUGCAGAAGUAUAUCGGUGAGGGUAGUCGAAUGGUCCGAGAGCUCUUCGUUAUGGCUCGAGAACACGCCCCAUCAAUCAUCUUCAUGGAUGAAAUCGACAGCAUUGGAUCCUCACGAGUGGAGGGCUCUUCGGGUGGAGAUUCCGAAGUGCAACGAACCAUGCUGGAGUUGCUGAACCAGCUUGAUGGUUUCGAGCCUACCAAGAACAUCAAGGUCAUCAUGGCCACCAACCGUCUCGACAUUCUCGACCCCGCUCUCUUGCGACCAGGACGUAUCGACCGAAAGAUCGAGUUCCCCCCGCCUAGUGUCGAGGCCCGAGCGGAUAUUCUUCGUAUUCACAGCCGAAAGAUGAACUUGACCCGUGGCAUCAACCUGACCAAGAUUGCCGAGAAGAUGAACGGGUGCUCUGGUGCUGAGCUCAAGGGUGUGUGCACAGAAGCCGGUAUGUACGCUCUACGUGAGCGAAGAGUGCAUGUGACACAAGAAGACUUUGAGCUUGCUACAGCAAAGAUUCUCAACAAGCACGACGACAAGGAAGUUUCUCUUGGAAAACUUUGGAAGUGA